AUGGUUACCGCAAUGGCUGGCAGGAGAAUGUUGGAGAAAUUAGCUACUAAUCAUGCAAAGACAAUGACAAUGUGGAGAGCCAUCUUCAAAUCAGCAAGGUCACCGACCUUUGUAUACAUACGGAAAAGAUUUUACUGCCAACAUAGAGAACAUCGUGUCAAUGCUAUUAAUAUUCAAAUGCUAUCUGAUACGCUGCAUCGGCAAAUAUUUCGUCGUGGUAAUGAUCAAAAUGCCUCCAAUGCUCACGAUCAAUACAUUGAUGGCGAAUUGUUGGAAAAAAUUAAGAAUCAUCUACAGCAGCAUGACCUAGCCGAUAAACAAACUUCAAAACAAGAGGACGUCGCCUUUCAGUUACCCGAAUUACAUGGUUCUAACAUUGAUGAACAUUUUCGGUACAUUGCUAAUCAGCAAAUUGCCCAUUAUAAGAUAUUAAUCGAUCGAUUAAUUGACGCUACGUUGCCGUCUAAACCGUUAACUUGGGAAUGCCGACCUGGUUGGACCCGGUAUGAUGGUAAUCAAGCAACAAGCGUUGAAUUCCCUGAUGAGGAAGCCCUAGUAUUUGAUGUAGAAACUUCAGUAAUGAACGGUAGAAUACCUGUUAUGGCCACGGCUGUAUCACCAACUCAUUGGUACUCUUGGGUUAGUCAUCAUUUAAUUCUUGAUGACUUAAGACUAGGCUGGAAGCACGAUAAUACUUUGAAAGAUUUAAUACCCAUGGAAGCGAAUCAAAAGGGACAUAAUAGUCAGAAAAAGAACCAUCUGAAAAAAUUAAUUGUUGGACAUAAUAUUGGCUACGAUAGAUCUUAUAUUCGUGAACAGUACAAUAUUGAGUCUGGUAAUACAGUAUUCCUCGACACAAUGAGCUUACAUAAUUGUGUUGGAGGAUUAACAAGUAUCCAAAGGGGUAACUGGAAGAAAAUGAAUAAUGGCGAUCAUGAUGCCAACGGCGACACAAAUAAAGAAGCAUUUUGGGCAAAACUUAGCUGUCCUAGUAGUUUAGCUGAUAUUUACACUCUAUAUACAAAUAAUACGUUAGACAAAUCGCCAGUAGACAUUCUUAUUAAAGGAAGCAUGAGAGAUAUCAAAGAUAAUUUUCAGACUUUGAUGGAAUAUUGUGCAACUGACGUCUAUGCUACACACGUUGUAUUAAAAAAUGUCUACAAACUAUUCCUCCUACGAUGUCCGCAUCCAGUCUCAUUUGCUGGCAUGCUGGAAAUGAGUUCGAUAUUUUUACCGGUAGAUGAAAGUUGGCAAUACUAUUUGAAUACUGUCGAAUAUACCUAUCAGGACUUAGAAAACGAAUUGAAUACGCUGUUGAAACAUUUAGCUGAUGAUGCUUGUCAUUUACUCCGGAACGAUAGAUUCCGCGAUGAUCCUUGGCUAUGGAGCUUAAACUGGAAUAUUAAACGUAACAGUUUAAAGAGUUUAUCUAAUAUUUCAAAAAAACUACUAAAAACUAUAACGGGAGAGUUAACAGAAAAUAUUGAUGAUAAAAUACUGGAGGAACGACUAAAGUUACAGAAAGAAAGAUUGCAUGCGAAAAGGGGAUCGCAAAAAAGUGGCUACCCAGAUUGGUACGCAGAUUUAUGCCCUCCAUUAUAUAUCAAAUCAGAACUAAAUUCUAAAUGGAGAUCUUCACCUGUCAACAUCAGCCCAACUAAACGUAUCGUACCUUUACUACUACGUUUAGCUUACAACAAUAAUCCUGUAUAUUAUGAUAAAAAGUAUGGUUGGGGUUAUUUAGUAUUACGCCAAGAUGCAAUAGCAGAUGAAACGUUAUACGGGACAUCACAUAAGGAAAAAUGCGGUAACGGAGAUACCGACGAGCAAAAGUUACAAUUCCCUGUCAGAUCUUGGUUAAAAAUACUCAAAGAGCGCAAAAAUAAUAGCCAUGAUGGCCAAGCAUGUAUUAAAGCAUUAGAUACUAGUCAAGUUGACUAUUUUAAUCCAAUAGACGUCGAACUUGAACCAAGGCGUAACUUAUCACAAGGAGAUAAAUUACUGGGACCCUAUACGAUCGAUAUUCCUGGUGUCGAUUUCUACAAAAUACCUCAUAAGGAUGGUUCUCACUUAAGAUGUGGAAGCCCAUUAUCAAAGGAUUACCUUAAACAAUACGAGGAUGGCACAAUUACUUCGUUUGGAAGUGAUAUUGCUAAGCGUACAGUUGAACUUAAAUUAAUGCUUAGUUACUGGAAGAAUGCUCAUGAUCGAGUCAGAAACCAAUUUGUCGUAUAUUACAAACAUGAUGAAAUUGCCGAUUCUAUUCGAAACCAUUCUCAAUUCAAGCCACUCCAAAAAUACGGUGCUAUUCUACCACCGGUUGCACCGGCAGGGACUGUUACACGUAGGGCUGUGGAAGCCACAUGGCUAACAGCAAGUAACGCCAAGGCUAAUAGAGUUGGAUCAGAACUGAAGGCGAUGAUUAGAGCUCCUCCUGGUUAUCAUUUUGUCGGAGCAGAUGUAGACAGUCAGGAAUUAUGGAUUGCGGCUUUAUAUGCUGAUGCCCGUUUUGGACGUACACAUGGUUGUACUGCAAUUGGAUGGAUGACGCUUCAAGGUAAAAAGUCACAAGGUACUGAUCUCCAUAGUAAAACAGCUGAAACCGUGGGCAUAUCGCGCGAUCAAGCCAAGACUUUUAACUACGGCAGGAUUUAUGGUGCAGGAUUAAAUUACGCGCAAAGAUUAAUGCGUCAAUUUAAUCCUUCAAUGACUCUAGAGGAUGCAAGCGAUAAAGCUAAAAUAUUAUACGCCUCUACUAAAGGAAUAACAAUAUAUAAAUUAACGCGCAAAGGGAAGAAGAUUUUGCAGAAAUUAGAUCCUGAUACUAUUCUCGAUGACGACUGGAUUGAUACUACAGGCCAUGAAAUCUUACGUAAACACCUCCGGGGCAAAAAGUUGGAUUCAUACAUUAAGAGUAAAAGCAAGCAAUGGAUUGGUGGAAGUGAAUCAGAAAUGUUUAACGCAUUGGAAGCAAUUGCUUUAUCGGAAAAGCCUAAAACGCCUAUUUUGGAAUGUCGAAUUAGUCAAGCCUUAGAACCUAAAGUUGUUGGUAAUGCUUAUUUACCAAGUCGCAUUAAUUGGGUUGUUCAAUCCUCUGCUGUGGAUUAUUUACAUCUAAUAUUAGUCUGCAUGAGAUGGCUGUUUGAAAAGUACAACAUUAAUGGAAGAUUUUGCAUCAGUAUCCAUGAUGAGGUCCGCUACUUGGUUAAAAGUGAGGAUCGCUUUCGGGCUGCUCUAGCUUUGCAAAUUACAAAUUUAUUAACAAGAGCUAUGUUUGCGCAUAAAAUAAAAAUCUACGAUUUGCCUUUGUCCGUAGCAUUUUUUAGUGCUGUUGACGUUGAUACCGUAUUAAGAAAGGAACCCGACAUGGACUGUAAAACACCCACUAAUCCAUUAGGCUUGGAAAAGGGUUACAAUGUACCUCCAGGUAUUGUACAUUAA